CGCAGGCCCGACGCCGCCAUCUUUGUUAGGGGCACCUGGGUCUGGUGUUUGGAGAUGCCGAAGUCGUGCGCGGCCCGGCAGUGCUGCAACCGCUACAGCAGCCGCAGGAAGCAGCUCACCUUCCACCGGUUCCCGUUCAGCCGCCCGGAGCUGCUGAAGGAAUGGGUGCUGAACAUCGGCCGGGGCAACUUCAAGCCCAAGCAGCACACGGUCAUCUGCUCCGAGCACUUCCGACCUGAGUGCUUCAGCGCCUUUGGAAACCGCAAAAACCUGAAGCAGAAUGCCGUGCCCACAGUGUUUGCCUUUCAGGACGCCGCGCAGCUGGUGAGGGAGAACACGGACCCGGCCGGUGGGGGUGCAGAUGCGGACCCGGAGAAGGAGGAGGUGGUCUCCGAGGCGGGGCCCGCGGAGCGUGGCCUGGGGAGGAAGACGGACGCCGGCCUCGAAGCGCUGCCCCCACACGCCGGCAGCCCCGUAGAACAGGUCUCGCCGCAGAGACCGCAGGCAAGCCAGGCGCCUGGUCAGCCGGCCAGCCCCGCACAGCCGUCCGAUCACAGCUACGCCCUUUUGGACUUAGAUGCCCUAAAAAAAAAACUCUUCCUGACUCUGAAGGAAAACGAGAAGCUCCAAAAACGCUUGAAGGCUCAGAGGCUGGUGAUACAGAGGAUGUCCAGCCGCCUCCGCGCCCACAGAGCGGGCCAGCCGGGACUCCAGGCCAGGCCGUCGCCAGAGCAGCAGAGCUGAGCCGCACGGCCAGGCUUUCCUGUGGGAGCCUCUCUGGGGGGUGGGACGGUGGCUCUGGGGCGCUGGCCGCGGACCUUUCAGUCCUGCCGCUGACAGGCAAAGGGACAGUGAGGCGUGCCGGGUCAAGCCCGUGGUGAGGAGCCUGGGCCACCUCAGGGGAAGUUUAGUGGCAUCAGCCCCAGGACAGGGCGGGACCGUGAUCAAGAGGAGCUCGGUGCUCCCGGAGGUGACAGCUGUCCUUUCCACAAAAGCUUGGGCGGGGGUCUUCAGAGCCACUGCACGGGGCGCCCCCCGCUGGGGAGGAAGUGCGCUUCCUGGCGGGGCAGCUGGGCCCAGGCCCUGGGUCACCUGGAGGACGGCGGCUCCGAGUGGCUGGGACCCGCCUCCGAGAUCAGGCGUGCCUCCUUCCCCCCUUCCCCGGCCCAGUCUGAGCGAAAGACAUAAUAAAGCGUCUUCCUACGCCA